UCCUGCCAAGAGGAGGCAGCCGGCCCCCCGCAGUCCCUGCACCAGACUCCAGCCCCAGCCACCGCCAGGACCAGCCACUGCCGCAACUCUUUCGUGCAGCCUGCCACCACCAUGGCGGAGGUGACACCCACGCCUGCAGAGACAUUGCUGCCGUGGGGAGACGGGGACUACCACAACUGGACGGAGCUGCUGCACCUCUUCAACCUCACCUUCACCUACUGCGAGGUGCCCCUGGAUGAGAAUGUCAAGCGGGUGGUGCUGUUUGUCCUCUAUCUGCUCAUCUUUGUGGUGGGGCUGGUGGAGAACCUGCUGGUGAUCUGGGUUAACUGGGAGCACCGGGCAGGCCGCAACCUCAUCAACCUCUACGUGCUCAAUAUGGCUCUGGCAGACCUGGGUGUGCUGCUUUCGCUGCCCGUCUGGAUGCUGGAGGUGACGCUGGACUACAGGUGGCUGUGGGGCAGCUUCCUGUGCCACUUCACCCACUACUUCUACUUCACCAACAUGUACGCCAGCAUCUUCCUGCUCACCGCGCUCAGCGUGGACCGCUACGUGUCCCUCACCGGCGCCUCCGCCUUCUGGUGUCAGCACCAGCACCGCGGCCGCCGCCUGCUCUGCGCCGGCCUUUGGCUCGUGGCCGGCCUCAUCCCCUUCCUGGAGGUAACUCACAUGAAGCUGGUGAACAGCAGUGAUCCAGUGUGCGUUUUCUUGGCGCCUUUCGAGACCUAUGAUCAGUGGGCGCUGGCUGCCAGCCUGGUGGCCACCGUGGUGGGGUUCCUGGUGCCCUUCCCCAUCAUCGCCAUCUGCAACAUCCUGACGGCCCAGCACAUGCGGCGCUGCAAACCUGAGAGCCGGCGGCACCAGCUGGUGGUCUAUGCCUAUGUGGGGGCCUUCCUGCUCAGCUGGCUGCCCUUCCAUGUCAUGCUGACACUGCUGACGCUGGAAGGCAGCCACAUCUUCCUGCACUGCCACGUGGCCCAGGUGCUCUACUUCUUCUACGAGAUCAUCGACUGCUUCACGCUGCUGCACUGCGUCGUCAACCCGCUGCUCUACAACUUCCUCAGCAAGGGCUUCCGCGCCCGCCUUGCCUCCGCUGUGGUCAAGUACAUCCCCAAGGAGCAGGUCCGGGCGCGUGGCAGGGACGCAUCCUCAUCCUCCAGCACCCAGCACUCCAUCAUCAUCACCAAGGACGCCGUGGGCCCCAAUUAGGUGGGGGGCGCCAGUCCAGGGUAGGGGGAGAAGUGGGGGGCCCCAGUGUCCUGGAUCUGCUGGUGAUGGGAGAUGCACCCCCCCACCACCCCAUUCGUGCUUCUGGGGACCAGGCCAAUGCUUUGCUUUAAAUUGGCGCUGCCAGGCAGGAAAGGGGACCACAGGCAAAGGGAAGAUGGGGUAUCUUGGGGGCUGCGGGCAUGUUGCCCCAGACCUCUUGAAACACAGCGCCAGAAAGAGGCAGCUGGCCAGGGUAGAGCCACACCUUCUAGGCUAGCCGCCAAAGCUCAUACAUCUCUGAUUCAGGGCAGGACAGGAACUUCCCGGCUCUGGAGCUGCAGGGCAAGAGGAUGUACCUGUACCCCUGGUGCUGGAGGCAACUCCUGCUCAGAGCCACUAUUGGCAGCCUUUCCUCCAUCUGGGAUCUGACCCUACCCUCUCCCACUGCUCCUGCCUUCCACUGGCACCUGAGCCCCUGCAGGCCAGGCCCACACAGCCCCCUCGUGCUUCAGGCUGUGGAAGAGAGCUGCAGCUGACCCCCUUGCUUCCCAGCACUGAGCAGAAUUGAGCCCUGUGGCCCCAACAGGACUUGGCUGGGGGAAGCGGCACUGCUUUCACCCCAGCCCUGACACAUAGGACCUGCUUCUAAUGGCCCCUUGCUCUCACAGUGCCCCGGAGCUGUUAGGGGCAGGGGACAGCCAUGGGCUCCCCCUGCGCUGGGGGUCGGGGCAGGAAGAGAAGACCUAGCUCAGGGCCAUACGUGACACACUGCCAAGGGUCUCUGCUUCACAGCCACUGGGACCUUCCACCGAGUCUCUGUUGGUCCCCAACCACCCCCAGCCCCUUUUGUUACCUUGUCCCAGGCUCAUCCAGCCCUUACACGUAGAUAACAUGCAGCCAGCAGCCCUGGGCUCCUUGGCACAUGUCGCCGGGUGCAGGGAGGCAACACAGCACCACGGUCUCUCCCUUUGCUGGGUGUGGUGUGCAAGCUGGGGGGCGGGGAAAUGGGGGCAAAGGGGCAGAAGGGAAUCCCAGGGUAGCAGAAUGGGGCCUGCCUUGCCCAGGUUAGCCGGGCAGAGCAGCUGCUUGGGGCAGAGGCUUCACAGCAAUGGGUGCAUGCAGUGCCCAAUGCCUGGACUCUGUGUCACACAAGGGGGUGGCUGAGACCAUGGGCGGGGGGUGCACUCACCAGGCCUUGGUGUGUAGCUCCUGUCCACUGGUGCCUCCCGGACACGCCUUGGCUCCACCACCGUUUCCUACAUUUGCCAUGGUCUUCUGCGGUGACGAGUAGUCCCCAAGCAGAGCUGUGACCCCCCCUUCCCUAUAAGACCCGGCUGCCCCUGCCCCCCCACCUGCUGUCACAGCCCUGUGUAUCUCACCUAUUAAAGGUCUCUUCUGAAAGCCCA